AUGGCCAAGUUCCUAAAAGAGAUGUGCAUUGUCAAGAGAGAAGCGAGUGUCUAUAAAAAGGCGUUUUUAACCCAACAAGUUAGUUCCAUAAUCUCACAAAAGUGCCCAGUCAAAUUUAAAGAUCCUGGUUGUCCUACUGUCACAUGUGUCAUAGGUAAACAAACGAUAGACAAUGCUCUAUUAGAUCUUGGGGCUAGUGUGAAUCUUUUACCUUUCUCGGUAUAUGAAAAACUUGGACUAGGGGAGAUGAAACCAACUAGGAUAACACUGCAGUUAGCCGAUAGUCAAGAUAUCAAUAUCUCAAUCAUCCUAGGUCGUCCGUUUCUAGCCACUGCAAAUGCAGUUAUACAUUGUCAAACUGGCCUAGUAGAAUUUUCCUUUGGGAAUCAGAAAAUCUUAGUGAACGUUUUUAAGGAGUUACAAUCCCCACCAGACCCUGAACACCAUGAGUCUAUAUGCAUGAUUGAUUCUCUAGUUGAGAACACUUUUACCACUAAUAGUGUUAGCGAUCCUUUAGAGGCCUGCUUAUCACACUUUGGAGACUACUAUGAUGAGGAUAAACAUUUUGAAGAGGUUAAUGCAUUAUUAGAUUCCGCAGCAGUAAUGAAUUGUAAAAAAUGGCAACUUAAACCAGAACCUCUUCCACCGACCAUAUAUAAACCCCUUCCAUCAUCAGUUAAGGCACCCACCCUUGAAUUAAAGUCGCUACUAGAUACACUGAAAUAUGUAUUUCUUGGUAAUGAAAAUACUCUUCCUGUCAUAAUUGCCUCUGACUUAGAGCCCGAUCAAGAAAGUAUACUAGUUAGUGUUCUCAGUGAGCACAAGACUGCAAUAGGGUGGACUAUAGCAGAUUUGAAAUAA